AGCCUGCGAGCAAGAUGGCGGCUUCCGAGGAGCACGAUUCUCCGACCGAAGCGCCCCAGCCGGCGGUGGCGGAGGAAGAAACCAAAACAUUUAAAGACCUGGGUGUGACAGAUGUAUUGUGUGAAGCUUGUGACCAGUUGGGAUGGGCAAAGCCCACCAAGAUCCAGAUUGAAGCUAUUCCGUUGGCAUUACAAGGGCGUGACAUCAUUGGGCUGGCAGAAACUGGCUCUGGAAAAACAGGGGCCUUUGCUUUGCCCAUUCUGAAUGCUCUGCUGGAGACGCCCCAGCGUUUGUUUGCCCUGGUUCUCACCCCUACUCGGGAGCUGGCUUUCCAGAUCUCAGAGCAGUUUGAAGCCCUGGGGUCCUCUAUUGGAGUGCAGAGUGCUGUGAUUGUAGGUGGAAUUGAUUCAAUGUCCCAAUCUCUGGCGCUGGCCAAAAAACCACAUAUAGUAAUAGCAACUCCUGGUCGAUUGAUUGACCACUUGGAAAAUACGAAAGGUUUCAACUUAAGAGCUCUCAAAUACUUGGUCAUGGAUGAAGCAGAUCGAAUACUGAAUAUGGAUUUCGAGACAGAGGUUGACAAGAUCCUCAAAGUGAUUCCCCGAGACCGGAAAACGUUUCUCUUCUCUGCUACCAUGACCAAGAAGGUGCAAAAACUUCAGCGAGCAGCUCUGAAGAAUCCUGUAAAAUGUGCUGUUUCUUCUAAAUACCAGACAGUUGAGAAAUUACAGCAGUAUUAUCUUUUUAUUCCCUCUAAAUUCAAGGAUACCUACCUGGUUUAUAUUCUAAAUGAAUUGGCUGGAAACUCCUUUAUGAUAUUCUGCAGCACCUGUAACAAUACUCAGAGAACAGCUUUGCUACUCCGAAAUCUUGGAUUCACUGCCAUCCCCCUUCAUGGACAGAUGAGUCAGAGCAAGCGCCUAGGAUCCCUUAAUAAGUUUAAGGCAAAGGCUCGUUCCAUUCUUUUAGCAACUGAUGUUGCAAGCCGAGGUUUGGACAUACCUCAUGUAGAUGUAGUUGUCAACUUUGACAUUCCUACCCAUUCCAAGGAUUAUAUCCAUCGAGUAGGUCGAACAGCUCGAGCUGGGCGCUCUGGAAAGGCUAUUACUUUUGUCACACAGUAAGUAAAUCAGCUUUAGGGGCUAGCAAUGUAGAGAAAAGAGCAGAACUUUGGAGCUGGACUGACUUGGAACCUGGCUCUACAAUUACUUAACUAAUCACCUAAAUUCCC